AUGCGUGAUGACGCCACAGAACAUCAACAAUUCACAUGUGGCCUAGAAACGGCGUUGCUGUGCCUGUGCUAGCACCAACUGGGUAAUGUGGAGCUGACUUCCCUAUCGAAACACCUCAUUUAAAAUAAAUAUUAUACGGCUAUUCGAGAUUUGUACACAACUAUACCUGAGCCAACAUGCCUCCGAAGAAACCCGCACAGCCCGCGGGGAAUAAAAAAACUCAAGAGAAGAAAAAGGAGAAGAUAAUUGAGGACAAGACAUUUGGCUUGAAGAACAAGAAAGGGGCCAAGCAGCAGAAGUUCAUCAAGAACGUUACUCAGCAAGUCAAAAGUGGAACUGCGAAACCGGCUGAUGGAAAUAAGAAGGUUGAUAAGAAGAAGGAGUUGGACGAGCUCAACGAGCUGUUUAAACCUGUAGUCGCUGCUCAGAAAGUUGCAAAAGGUGUUGACCCAAAGUCAGUGCUGUGUGCAUUUUUUAAGCAGGGCCAGUGUACCAAAGGUGACAAGUGCAAGUUCAGCCAUGAUUUAUCAAUGGAGAGGAAAUGUGAGAAAAGAAGCCUCUACGUGGAUGAAAGAGAUGAUGAGCUGGAGAAAGACACUAUGGACAACUGGGAUGAGAAGAAACUGGAAGAGGUCGUCAACAAAAAACACGGAGAGGCAGAGAAGAAGAAAGCCAAAACACAAAUUGUGUGUAAGCACUUCCUGGAGGCCAUAGAGAAUAAUAAGUACGGCUGGUUCUGGUCAUGUCCAUCGGGGGGUGAUGUCUGCAUGUACCGGCACGCUCUGCCACCUGGCUUUGUACUGAAAAAAGACAAGAAGAAGGAGGAGAAUAAAGAGGACGAAAUUUCGCUGGAGGAACUGAUAGAAAACGAGCGUGCAGCUCUGGGUGUCAAUGUGACUCGAAUCACCCUGGAGACUUUCCUGGCUUGGAAGAAGAGGAAAAGGCAGGAGAAGAUUGACAAAGCGAGGGAUGAGAUGGAGAAGAAGAAGGCUGACUUUAAGGCUGGAAAAUCGCUAGUGGUGAGCGGGCGCGAAGUGUUCGAGUUCCAUCCAGAGUUGGUCGAUGAUGACGAUGCUGAAGCCGACGACACUAAAUAUGCCAGCGAAGAAGAAGAUGAUAAUGACGACGACGACCAGACUGAUUCUACAGAUGUCCAGGACAUAGACCUAUCCCGUUUUGUUCCACAAGAGGUCGACAACACAGGCAUUACUGUAGCAUCCACGGACCGUUUCACCUCGAGGAACAAAACUCAGCCGACGAAAACGGACAACGAGGAGCAGCUGAAUGGGGCUUGCGGUGGCGCCGAAUCCAACGGGCUUUCGGGAGCAGAGGGAGGCGGGGAGGACGGAGGCGGGGAGGAGGAGGAGGAGGAGGAAGAAGAAGAGGAGGAAGAGGAGGUACCGGUGGAUGAGAACCUGUUCACAGGAGAAGAUCUGGAGGAGCUCGAUGAGGAACUCAACACACUGGCGCUGGAAGACUGAGAGGGAGCGC